AAGUGAAACUUUUGAUUCUUAGAUGGUUACUUUUGUUGUUACCUGUAAUGGCUGAAAAGAUUCAGCUGAAGUGGCCUGGGGCAAAAGCCAGGCCAGAUAAGCAGGAUGAUUGAUAGGGGGCCAAGGUCUACUGAUUCCACCUAGCCAGAGGCCCAAGGCCAUAUGCAUAUGAAUGGGAAGACAGUCAAGGGGUGGAGAAAAGAUGAAACUGGAAUUUUUUAAAAGGGUUAUGUGUUUAUGAUUAUGUGUUUAUCUAAAUGUACUAUGGAUGUUGAAUGUUUCUCCUACGUAGUGUUGUAAAGCAGACCUAAAUUUAUGAUAGAAAUGAAUAUUGGGUGUUAUAGAUUGCAAAGGACGUGUAACUCCACCUUCAGCCAAUACUUGAUUGGUAUGCUAAAAGGGGAGCUAGGAUUUGCCUGAGGGAAACAGGCUGUUUGAAUGCAGUAGCCCUGUGUAAAGAUUGGAGGCUUAGGUCAAAACUCUGAGCCCCACCCAGAUUUUUCUUUUGAAAAGUCAUGCAGAACUAUCUAGAACUGCUGAGAGAUCAGAAGAUUUUCAUGUGAAUGAUCUGCAAGAAAAUAAGUGUUUUGCUUUUUGAAUUUCGAGUAAGCAGUUUGCUGUUGGACUCAUCCAGGCUAGAAAAGAGAGUGUCCUUCAGAAGGAGCACCUUUCCAGGACUGGAAGUUAAAGGGAGCCAGCGAGUAGACAGCUUAGUAUGCUUGCUUGUGGUGACCACCUGGGUCCACUCAAUGAGCAGAAGUUGAGAAGUGCAGCAAUGAAGAGACAGGCUGAAUAUGGACAUGUUCCACUGGAAGUCGUUGACCUAGCCCAUGGGUUUUGGGAUAAGAGAGUGAGAGGAAGGUCUGGCUGGUCAGAAAAUAAAGGGAGUUGGUGAACUCCUGAAGUUUGCAGGUGGAACCCCUUUAUCUAGCCCAAAGGGGUUAGGGAUGGGACUGUGAAGGGGCUGUCUGAAGUGCCUGGAGAUGUGUGUGAGCUCUGGAGCCUAAGGCUACUACCCAUUGUGGCCUAGCUUGGAUGGCUAGGGAUGAGCGGACCAGAAUCCGACAGAAUGAAGAGGAAGACGUUUGGCAUCUUAAGCUGGUGUAGAUUGCUGCAAUUUGAUGGCUUGCUCUGGACUGUACUUUGCUUAUGGAUGCAGAUGCUCUUAGUUACAACUGGAACAGAAGAUUCUUUAAGACCAGGGAACAUGUUUGUCUUCUCAUAGUACUGGUUUAAUAGGGACGGGCAAUUUAAACAUUACCUAUCUAAAAUGGGAGAAGAGAAAGGCAUGAAGUGGUUGUGCUUACCUGAAAUGAGGAGGACGAGAGAGGAUCCCCACUGAAUAGAUUCCUCUUUUCCUGAUAGGUCGGGGUAAGAGAGGAUGGAGAAGAUGUCAAUAUAAUUAUAUGAUUCAUUUUUGAGUGUUGAUUGUUAACAGGGUUAACUGUGAUUGUAAAAACUAAUUGUAGAAGCUGUAAGUGUGAAAGUGUGGACUAAGAGGGAGUCACUGCUGAAUUUGAGUACGGUGACCAAACCUAAAGGUCCUUAAAUGUUUUGCUAUGCUGAUACCUUGUGAGGCUUAGAGCAAGGGAGUAAUCUUCUCUCAGUUGAAUUUUAUCAGACAUCAGAAAGGGUGAAGCCAAGACGAACUAUUGGAGAACCUGACCAGAGCAGAUGGAUACCUGCAGUAGACCUGAAUGGGACAGUUACACAGGUGAACCUACAACUUCAACAUUGGACCCCUGACACUCUGGAGGAAAACGGAUUCAAGUUUUGCAGCCCAGCCAGGCCUGGUUGCUUCUCAUGCUCUGGGAUAAGUAAAUUCCUCUGUCUGUGAUCUUAUUGGCAGAAAGAAGAGGCCCAUGGAUCUGCAUGAAGAAUGCAGGUGUGUGCUCUGGAGGCUGGAGCCUGUUCUGCCUUCAGUGCAAAUGCCUUCAGGGUGGAGCGUGGCCCUGAGCCUGGGAGGAGGCCAAAGACCUGUCACUCCCUGCUUCCUCAACACUUUCCUCCCCAUUCUUUUUCCAUUUCAGGUCUCAGGUGUGGUGCAGGGAGAACUAGUCCAGUCCACACAGCUGAGGACCUAGGGCGCCCAUCUUGUACAUCCGUAAAUCACAGGGAAGGAUUUCAACUGCUCUGGCUGGUUUGUGGACCAAACAUUCGUUCAUCUGCCUCCAAACUGCCCCAGUGCUCUGCUUCGCUCCCAUUCCUCUUCCUGAAGUGGCUUCUUGGGCUCAGAGACGACAUUCCCUUUAACUUCCAGAAGCUGGAGAAGGAAAUGGACUCAGUGAUGGCUGAGGAUGUGGCUGUGGUCUUUAGCCAGGAAGAAUGGGCUUUGCUGGAUGUUGCUCAGAGGAAGCUCUACAGAGAUGUGAUGAUGGAAACCUUCAGAAAUCUGGCUUCAGUAGUCUCUCUAAAGUUUAAUGAUGAAGAAAAGUUAUCCAGUGAACAUAUAGUGGUGCAACUCAUGAAGAAUAACACCUGGUCGUCCAUGUUAGGAGAAGUCUGCGACCAAUUGCAUGGCAAUAAAGAUCAGCAUAAAAGCCAGGGGAGACAUAUGAGAAGUCCUACAGUAGAGAACCUCUGUGAAAGUAAUGAAGACAAUCAGUGUGGGAAAAGCUGCCAGACUCCAAAUCUGACUGUGAUGAAAAGAAAUCCUGCAGAAGAAAAUCCUUUUGAAUGCUGUGAGUGUGGAAAAGUUUUCAAGGACCAUUCAUCACAUAACUAUCAGACCAGACCUCACACCAGAUGCAACCCCUGUCAGUGUAAGGAACACGGAAAAGUUUGCAGUUGUCCCUCUCACCUACGCACUCCUUUGAGAACUCUUAUUAGAAAGAAACCCCAUAAACGCAAGGUAUGUGAGAAGGAUGUCAUUUCUGUCUCAACCCUUAAGAAUCCUGUGACAACGCUCACUGGUGAGAAACGCUAUGAAUGUAAGGAAUGUGGGAAAGAUUUGUAUAGAUUCUCAUCCUUUUGGACACACGUGAGAAGUAAUCAGGAAAGUAGAGAAUGUUGUAAAACCUAUAGCCGUCCUUCAUCUGUUAUUUUACAUAAAAAAUCUCAUGACAGAGGUAAGCCUUAUGAAUGUAAAGAAUGUGGGAAAGCCUUUAGUGAUGCCACAUCACUCACUCAACAUGUAAGAACUCACUGUGAAGAGAGGGCUUAUGAAUGUAAGGAUUGUGGGAAAGCCUUUAGUCGGACCUCAGACUUCACUAAACAUAUAAGAACUCACACUGGAGAGAGACCAUAUGCAUGUAAGGAAUGUGGGAAGGCCUUUAGUUCUUCCUCAUACCUCACUACACAUACAAGAACUCACAGUGGAGAGAGGCCAUAUGAAUGCAAGGAAUGUGGGAAGGCCUUCAGUCAGUCAUCACACCUCACUACACAUAGAAAAACUCAUAAUGGGCAGAGGCCUUAUGAAUGUAAAGAAUGUGGGAAAGCCUUUAGUUUUUCCUCAUCCCUCACUCAACAUAUAAGAACUCACAGUGGAGAGAAACCGUAUAAAUGUAAACAAUGUGAAAAAGCCUUUACUUGUUCCUCUCAUCUCACUCAACAUAUAAGAACUCACAGUGGGGAGAGGCCUUAUGAAUGUAAGGAAUGUGGGAGAGUAUUUCGUUAUUCGUCAGCCCUUGCUGCACAUAAAAGAACUCACAGUGGAGAGAAACCUUACAAAUGUAAGGAAUGUGGGAAAGCUUUCAGUCGUUCUUCAUCCCUCAUUGUACAUAUAAGAACUCACAGUGGCGAGAAGCCUUAUGAAUGUAAAGAAUGUGGGAAAUUCUUUAGGCAAGCCUCAGACCUCCGUACACAUAGAAGAAUUCACAGUGGAGAGAGGCCUUAUAAAUGUAAGGUGUGUGGGAAAGCUUUCAGUCAGUCACCACACCUCACUAUACAUAUAAAAACUCACAAUGGACAGAAGCCUUAUGAAUGUAAGGAAUGUGGGAAAGCCUUUAGUUGUUCUUCAUCCCUCACUCUACAUACAAGAACUCACAGUGGAAUAAGACCUUAUAAAUGUAAGGAAUGUGGGAAAUCCUUUAGGUAUUCCUCAAACCUUGCUUCACAUAUAAAAUCUCAUAGUGGAGAGAAGCCUUAUGCAUGUAAAGAAUGUGGGAAAGUCUUUAGUUAUUCAUCUGGCCUCACUACGCAUAAAAGAACUCACAGUGGAGAGAUGCCUUUUGAAUGUAAAAACUGUGGAAAAGUCUUUAGGCAAGUCUCACACCUCACUUCACAUAUGCGAAUUCACAGCGGAGAGAGGCCUUAUGAAUGUAUGGAAUGUGGGAAGACUUUUAGGCAUUCAUCACACCUUACUAUACAUAGAAGAACUCACAGUGGAGAGGCCUUACGAGUUUAAGGAAUGUGGGAAAACUUUUAGUCGUUUCUCACACCUUCAUAUAUAAGAACUCACAGUGGAGAGAUUGUCAAAAGUGGGAUGAUUCAUCCCUAUUGCUGUAAUUUCAAAGAGCUAAUUUUCGAAAGUUUGCAAUUAAGAACAAAGUUUCUCUGUAAGAAAGCAAUACUAAAAGAAUGAGUCAUUAUAGUCACUUUGUGCCUUUGGGAGAAAUGCCAGUUUUAUUGUAUUUGCGUGUCCUCAUCGUUGUUUGUUACUUUCUUAGUACAAGCUGAACUUUACUUUUCUGAAAGUCUUUGGUUAUUACAAAUAAGCCUGCAAGGAACAGCCUUGAGUAAAUGUUGUUUUGUUUUUUACUGUUUUUAUUGAUGCUAUUUUGUAUACAAUUAAAUACAUUUGCUUUGUAUAUGUUGUAUAUUUUAUUUUCACAUUGAUCAUGUUUCCUUCCCCUAUUUUCUAUUUUAAGUGUAACUAUUUUGGCAUUUAUGAUUAGUAAUUUCUCAUAGGGCGAUGCUUUGAGACUAUAUUUUUUUACAAUACCGUGACCAACUUUUAGUAUGUAUUGGUAAUUCUGUGGUGUUUACAACAUGGUGUUUUUUGACCCAGUCAUUUCUUCUAUGUUUAUUAGAAUCGUGGAAGAAAUGGCUUUCCUUUCUCUUCCUGUUAUUAAAUUGUUUAGAGCAGUACAGCCCCGAAUUACAAAUGAGUUCCUUUCGUACGCUUGUGUUUUAGUCGAAUUUGUACAUAAGUUAGAAGAGUUAGGUACAGUUCAUAUUUAAGCUCAGUCAAAUAUUUGUUAGUAUGUAGUGUAUAGCAUGCCUUUCUAUUCAUAAAAGUCAUUAAAGAGGACACUUCUAGGUACGCUAAAAUAACAUUAACACAGUAAUAACAUUCUGUUGUUUUAAAGUAACUCAUUUGUUAAUAGGAAUCUUUGUGGCUUCAUUGGAUUUUCUCUUGCUAUGCCCUCACCCCCAACGUGGGGAGGCGGGACUACCACCUGCAUUGGCAUGGUGCAUGCAUACCAUCACCAUGAGGUGGGACAGUAGGGAGGAUAGGUAAGCACUGAGCAUGGACCCUGCCCAUGUGUAGCUCCUCACGUGAUGUUGCUGGGGGUGUCAUCUUCUACCUGGCUCCAAGCUUUGAGACCAAGUGGCAGCCACCAUGUGACCACUGAGAAAAGGCUGCGUGGUUUGAAUUCCUGCAGGAGGGAUUCCUAAUUUUUAAUAGGUUUUACGGGGUUUAGUUCAUGAAUACAGAUUGACUGUAUGUACAUAAGUUCAUAACUCCAGGACUGCCUGUAUAGGCUAAUCCGUAUUUCUUUUCUUGCUGAAAUUGUCCCAAGUUUUGUUAUGUGGAGCUCCCUUAAGUGGGUUUCUGUAUUUUUUUCUACAUGUCCCUAUUAUUUGUAGAUUACUUUCUGCCAGUUUUCAAGACUAACCUUUUUUUAAAUUCUGCUUUAGGUGAAAGUUUAUACAGUUAAAGUUGAUUUCUCAUACAAAAAUAUAUGCAUAUAUGUGACCCUAGUUGCAAUCCUUAUAAUGUGACAGCACAUUCCCUCUUUCAUCCCAUGUUUACUGUGUCCAUUCAACCAGCUCCUAUCCAUUUCUGCCGUUUCAUCUUGCCCCCGGACAGGAGCUGCCCAUUUAGUUUUGUGUAUCUACUUGAACUAAGAAGCA